GCAGCAAUUAGGCACUUAUUUGAGCUCGCGUCACUCCAGUGAUCGCAUGAGCUGAGCUAGAUCGUCCACUUCGCACCACACACCUUUCACAAGAUGUCAGUGUAUCCUUCCGCAUCCAAAGUAAAGUCACCUUGGACGCGUCUUCUCCCGUUUGCCCGCUGUCCUCUGUCUCUCGUUCUAGCUGGUUCCUCGACUCGUACAUCGCCAAUGAGAUCUGCCGAGCGGAGAGCGUUCACGAUGCGUCUCACUUGGACCUCUUUCCUCGUCGGUGCCUUCUGUCAAUACCGAUGCUCUACGCACCCCUUUGUGGUGAAAUUACAGGAUUCCGACUGAUGCACAAGUCCUCAGAGGCUCCCAGCCUUCCCGCUCUCCGGGUUCCAUUUACCCACAUAGCCGGGCGCGCUCAUGUUGAUUCCCAGGGUGAUGUACCCGAUCAGUCCUUGCGUUACCA